GAUUAAUACAAUAUAUAUAUACGAGUUGCUGGGGAAUUAAGACCAUUCAAUAUAGAUAAGUUAAGACUGUUUAUCAACUUGUGAUAUUACGAACUGCAACCGAUUGGAAUCGUCUAAAAACGAUGCAGAUGCAGAGCAUCAACUUAAAAAGUUAAGAUUUCUUUUGGAUCUUCGACAAUCAGGUGGACAUAAUCGAUGACAUGAUAUUUGAGUAGAGACCCACGUUGAUGUUCCACUUGAAGACAUUUCAACUCGUAUUAGUGACUGUUACACAAGGAUUCAUAGAAACAGAAAAGUGAAUUCAUCAGCCCGAAGAAGGUCAGUCUAGCCGUUAUUCACAAUAGGAAGAUAGCGGUAGCAACUAUGGCAGGCGUAUCAAGUCGAAUAUUAAUGGAUAUCCCAUGUAAGGUCUGUCAGGAUCACUCAUCGGGAAAACAUUACGGCAUCUACGCAUGUGACGGAUGUGCUGGAUUCUUCAAGCGUUCCAUACGGAGAAACAGACAGUAUAUCUGCAAGUCUAGGGGCCAGGGAACAUGUCCCGUAGACAAGACACAUAGGAAUCAAUGCAGAGCGUGCCGACUAAAGAAAUGCUGUGAAGCUGGCAUGAAUAAAGAUGCUGUGCAGCAUGAGAGAGGACCUCGCAAUUCAACAAUUCGUCGGCAAGUAGCCAUGUACCUUAAGGAAAGCACAGAACUUGGGAUCUCCCCAUUUCGCCCCUCAUUUGUCAAUGGAGCACUAGGUGUUGAGCAUGUGAAUGACGGUAUAACAGUGAGUGCAGUUGACCCCCCUCCACAACCUCACCCCGGAGUCAUUUGCCAACCAACGCCAAAGUACCCACAUGAAAUCGCCCAAGCAUACUUUAAUAACCCUGAGGCAAUAUGCGAGGCAGCUGCCAGGUUACUCUUCAUGAGCGUGCGAUGGAUAAAAAAUGUGCCAGCAUUUCUUAGUUUGCCAUUCCGGGACCAGAUAGUGCUAUUAGAAGAAGGAUGGAGAGAAUUGUUUGUCCUUGGAGCAGCCCAGUUUCAGAUGCCCAUAGAGGCAGGCCCCCUGUUAGCAGCAGCAGGUAUAACUGCAGACCAGGGCCAGCCAGAAAAAGUAGUAUCUAUCAUGACAGAAAUACGUACACUACAAGAAAUAAUAACAAAGUUUAAAGCAAUGCAGGUGGACCCUACAGAAUAUGCAUGUCUUAAAGGCAUAGUCAUCUUCAAAACAGUGUUUGAAAGUUCGCCAACUGAAAUGAAAUCUCUAAGAGACUUCCAUACUGUUAAUAGCUUACAAGAUCAGGCACAAUUGACACUAAACAAGUAUAUUAUAACAGCCUAUCCUACACAGCCAUUCCGUUUUGGCAAGCUCCUCCUCAUGCUACCCACACUUAAGACAAUCACUGGCAACACUAUAGAGGAACUAUUCUUCAGGAAAACUGUUGGUAACAUUCCAAUGGGACGUUUACUCGUCGACAUGUUCAAAUCUAGUGAUUUCUAAUGAAGCUUUUUCAUCAAAUAUGGCGCUUUAGAUUUAUUUUUAUAUUUAAGAUAUUUAGCAUUCAUAUCGCCUACACUACAAAUGUGGGUUUUGGAAGAAAGAUGAUCUGGGAAGAUAGCAUUUAUAAAAAGUAUUCAUUUUAACUAGAGAUCACUGUGAUGUAGCAAUCAGAUCUAAGAGAACAUGCCGGAACUUAUAGAUAAAUCUUUACCAUAUUCUUUCAACACACUAGAGUACAUAUUUAAUUGUUUAUAUUAAGAAUUCAGCCCGAAACUACAUUUCUCUGCUGUGCUCGAGUGGGCCUUAUAUAUAUAUUAAGUCAUUAUCUCAAAGGUUAAAAUAUUUGUAAAUAAAUUGAGUCCAUGACAUGCAAUAGUGAGAGUGACAAAAAGUGACAUAAAAUGAUGCAGUUUUGACAAUGCAUUGCAAUUUGAAUUCAUAUCCCAUAAUAUUUACAAAAUAUUAUGGGAUAUAUAAGAUAUAUUGCUGCACAAGUCAAUGUAGAGGAGGUAGAAAAUCUCGAUGUAAAAAUCAAAUGUAGAUGUGACUGUAGAUGAAAUCCGAAUGAAAGGAUAUAUUAUUUGCAUGUUAAAUUCAUUGUAAAAUGGUGCAAUUAUCUAUUUAUGUACAUAGUAAUAAAUUGUGAACAAUGCAUAAUAUUUUGAAUGAAGAUAAUACUAGGCCUAUGUAAAGAUUUCAAAUUCUAUUUUCAACUGUAAACUAAUUGAAGUAGGAACUACUGACAACAAAUGUGGUUCAUGUAUGACAUGCAUUUUAGUCUAUAUUGAUGAUGACUUUCCAGCCUUGUGAGCAGGAAAGUAACUUAAUCAAGGGCUGCAAACCAUGUAGUUAUGGUUUGGAAGCUUUAAUCUCUUUAAAUUAUCAUUUCAAUUCUAAGGUACACAUAUAUCCAUUAAACCUGGAUAUUGUUCCCAAACCAAAAUAGAUGAUUUUUUGCAGAGAUCAGUCAUUUUUCUUAUAUACAUAUAUUAGAUAUACAUUAUUGGUUGGACAAUUCUGAGAUGUUUAAGCUAUUGAAGCCAUUACUGCUAUAAGCAAGACCUCGGAGGAACUGACUGUUAAUGAUGUCAUAUAUGGCCUCUGUGAUGUCAUACAUGAACCAUAUUCUAUAACUAGUUAGGUAAUAUCUUAGAACUUGCACAUUCCACAAUGACCAACAGUUCUCUAGUAAUAUCUAGGAUGAAUAUAGAUUAGAAAAAUUAAUUUUGCAUCAUUCUUGUCUCCAAUUCCUAUUCUCUCUAAAAGAUAAAAAAAACAUACCAAGUGAGGAAAAAGGUAGUUAAAGAGAGAGAGAGAG